ACCGCUAGAGGCACAAUGAUUUCAUCCUACUUACCACGAACUAACACCUGUAAUAACACAGUGGGACAAGAUGAAAGCACCGGCAAUUGUAAAGUUCGUGGCAAACAACAUUGCUGCCACGUGUGACCAUUUAUCUUAUUCAUUGGGUACAUAGCUAAUGGGGUGAUGUAGGAUAACAUAGCCCAUGAAACUUGAUUUCAUUGACUCUCUCUAAGCUUAUGAAGCUUCUCUCUUUCGAGUGUUUCUAUCUCCAUAUUAGCAUUGGGGCGUGGAGCCCAAAACUGGACCUUUGCUUUGCUGGCUUCAAGCUCUCCAUUGUUGGUCUUUCAUGGGUCUUGUCUGCUGAAAAUUAGAGGGAGAAACAAGAGGGACAGGUACAGAAGAAAGAGAGGAGAGAGAAACAGAGUUUUUAUAAGUUGUUGGAGGCCAAAGCCAAACCUUUCACAUAAAAAGACUACUCUUUCUUUGAAGGAAAAAAAAAAACUCAUAUUUCAGUUCUCUUUUAUGUUCUUGUCUUCCUCUUCAAUUAUCUCAUCACUGAUUGAAACCAACCAAACCAAAAACUAAAAUCUAAAAUUUUUCUCUUCCUUUGAUUUGAUUGAUCCACAGAUCUGCUAAUUCCAAUUUCGAACCCGCAUGAAGUUUUUUCCUUUUCUAUUUCCAGAUCCUCCUUUUCACGUAUAAACCGUAGUGGUAAAAUAAAAAGCAUAAGGAGUCAUGGCUUACCUAUUUUAAGAGGGAACAGUUUCUUUUGUUGGAGCUUCAUAUUAAUAGCUAAAACAUACUGAGAAGUGUUCCAUUAUUGUGUUGAGAAGCAAAGGAGGAUACGGCUCACUGUUCAGGUUUCUAGGGCGUAGUUGCAGUCAGUGAUUUAGAUGUGGAGAAUUUGGAGGGUUUUUUGGAUGAGAUGAGGGAUGUUAUCUGGGUUGAUGAACUUUUUGAGGGCCUGUUUUCGGCCAAGGUCGGAUCGAUACGUUCAGACAAGUUCGGAUGCUGGAGGUCGCCUAGAUGGGCUAUUAUGGUACAAGGACACAGGGCAGCAUUUUAAUGGUGAGUUCUCGAUGGCAGUGGUUCAGGCCAACAAUUUACUUGAGGAUCAGAGCCAGCUUGAGUCUGGUUGUUUAAGUUCACAUGAGUCAGGCCCCUAUGGUACUUUUGUUGGUGUAUAUGAUGGGCAUGGGGGCCCAGAGGCUUCGCGCUAUAUCAAUGAUCAUCUCUUUCAACAUCUCAAGCGGUUCACUUCAGAGCAACAGACAAUGUCAGUUGAUGUAAUACAAAAAGCGUAUCAAGCAACAGAAGAGAGUUUUUUGUCUCUCGUUACCAAACAGUGGCCUAUGAAACCACAAAUUGCAGCUGUUGGAUCCUGCUGCCUGGUUGGUGUUAUUUGUGGUGGUACCCUUUAUGUUGCCAACCUUGGGGAUUCCCGUGCUGUUUUGGGGAGAGCUGUGAAGGCAACAGGAGAGGUUCUAGCCAUUCAGCUGUCAGCUGAGCAUAAUGUGUGCAUAGAGUCUGUAAGACAAGAGCUGCAGUCAUUGCACCCUGAUGACUCACAAAUUGUGGUUUUGAAGCACAAUGUGUGGCGUGUAAAAGGUCUCAUACAGGUUUCCAGAUCUAUUGGUGAUGUAUAUUUGAAAAAACCUGAGUUCAACAGGGAGCCCUUAUAUCCCAAAUUUCGCCUUCGCGAACCUUUCAAAAGGCCAAUAUUGAGUGCAGACCCAUCAAUGACAGUGCAACAUCUGCAGCCACAUGAUCAAUUCGUGAUAUUUGCAUCUGAUGGGCUCUGGGAACACCUAAGCAAUCAAGAAGCUGUUGAUAUAGUUAAAAAUCAUCCUCGAAGUGGAAGUGCAAGGAGGUUGGUAAAAACUGCUCUACAAAUAGCUGCAAAGAAGAGAGAAAUGAGGUAUUCUGACUUGAAGAAGAUUGACCGCGGUGUCCGUAGGCAUUUCCACGACGACAUCACAGUAAUUGUGGUGUUUCUUGACUCAAACCUCGUGAGCAAGGCUAGCUCAGUUAAGGGUCCUAAUCUAUCUUUUAGAGGAGGAGGUGUUAACUUGCCUCAUAAUACACUGGCUCCUUGUGCCACGCCAACAGAAGCUGGUCGUACCUGAUCGUGCUGUAUCUGGCAUGUUUUUCUUUGUUGUAUCAUUUUCUUAUGUGAAUACCAGGUAGCUUCCAACAGUGAUAAGAGGAGCAAGUCUUCAAUUCUUUAAUGUACACUGUAACUUUUAACUGGAAACUAGUUCCUGCAUUUAGCUUCUGUGCCGAAAGACUUAAGAACUAGAGAAGAGUACAAGGUGACGAUUAUUAUAUUUAAUUGCCUUAGAUAGUUUCCUCAGUCUUUAUAUAAUAGUUUCCUUUUGUUCUUCA